AUCGACUGCCUCUUCACCUGUGGAAGUGACUAGAGCGAGCUCGCGGCGGCUGUUGAUCAAUGUCGCGAGAAGUAAUUAACCCUCGGAAUGUCGGCCGAUCGAUUCGUCAGAGAGCUCAGAGAAAGUGAGGGAUCGGAAGGGUUGGUAGCUGCGCGCGCAGUAAUUUUCCAGCGAUGAAAAGGUAAAAAAAAAAUCCAACAGAAACCCAAAAGACGAACUCCUGCAGCAUCACCGCAGCGUCGUUCAAGUCGACAGCAUGUUAUCUCAGCUCACGUGCGACCAGCGGCGACUGACCUCCAUGGACGCGCAGGAAUAGAUACCCCGGUAUCUUUGUGAUUUCUAGCCGAGAUAGCUGACACAUUUUGUAGAUGGCACGGCUUUCGUAGUAUCUAGCAUAUAUGCUGGACACGCGUGAUAUCUACCAUGGACGUUGUUUGUAAGCAACGCGGUAUACUUUCAUCUAUAAAUGACUUGCAGCGUCUAACAAUCUGCUGAAACCGUGUAGCAUCUAGCAAAGAUACGAAAUCGGGGCGGUAUUUACACUAAAAUUGUGUGGCAUCUAGCAUAAAUAUUGUGGCAUCAGGCAUAGACAUUAGAAGAGUGUGGCAUGUAGCACAGUGCAAACCCUGCGACAUUCUUCCGUCUGUGGUGCAAACGAUCGGGUCUCGCCGCAUGUGUUUGCUUGACGUAAUCCGUCGCGUGCCUGACUAUUGUAACGCCCUCUCCUCGCGCCCCAGCCGCCGCAACUGAAGCUGUAGGCCAAUAGCAUCAGGAAUCUUCGACGGUUUCCGUUUCCCACGCAGCGUUACAAGGAGGUGUGUGUGUGAGAGAGAGAGUUGGCCUCACACAUUUCGAACUACCAUGGGUAGAUAACAACAACAGCAGCAACUGGUGGUGAUCCGGGUGCCAUAUUUCGUGCUGCAAGGGAUUACCGUUGGUCCACCUGGGAUCACAGAACCUCAGGCACUGCAAUGUCGAUCUUCUCGUGUGGACGAGGGCAGUCAGAUGACCGCGAGGAGCUAGACUGUCAUUUGGUGGGGAAGGUGGUUGUGGUGGGGGACGGGACAGUGGGCAAGACUUCCCUCCUCCUGCGCUUUGUCAACAACGAGUUUGACGAACGCUACCAGCCGACCAUCUUCGAGAAUCAGGCAGCGCCGGUCUUUCUCAAGAAGAGAAAGAUUAUGCUUAGUUUGUUCGACACAGCGGGUCAGGAGGGUUACGAACACUUGCGCCCCUUCAUGUAUCCGGACUCUGACGUCAUCCUCAUCUGCUUCUCCGUGGACAGUCACAGCAGCUUGCGCAACGUCUCCAACCUCUGGCUACCUGAGGUGCGCACUCACCUGGCCAAGGUGCCCAUCCUGCUGCUGGGGCUUAAAUCCGACCUCCGCUCGACGUUCUUCGAUCCUUCGGUCCCCGGCAACCUCCCGGAGGAGUCGAGAUUCAGCGAGUCUCCUGCCAGCCCUAGCCACAGACGCCCCGUUAGCUACGACGAGGGUCAAAAGGUCGCCUUGGAAAUCGGAGCCAAGGCGUACUUUGAAUGCUCGGCGAAAAUUAACCAGGGACUAACAUCGAUUUUCCAGGAGACAGCGCGUCUGAUUCUCAAACGUCACCGACGAACUCGUUCUUUUCGAAGUUUCUUGCCGUUGUGACCCUUUUAUUUCUCCACCACUAGAGAGGAGCGGGACAUUUAGCGGUUGUCCGUUCUUGCUGGUGGGAGCCAUUCACACCUCCAGUGCUAGAGAGGGCGGAUUGUUUGCGCAAGGUUUCGAGAUCGCAAGGUCCACAGGUUGUCUUUUAACUGUUCGUGAUCCCUUGAGACUCCAGAGCUAGAGUGUGCGCGAAAUUCAGAGUUUGAUCUUGAGGCAGUCUUUUGUUUUUGGCCCUCAGAUUCAAGUCGGUUUGCAGUGGUAUAUUUUUUCCCUCCAGCCUCGAAUAUUUAUCAAGUUUGCCAGACAGUGUGGUAGUUCUUAAAAGUGCUAACCUCUGGAACAACAGCUUCUUUCGGUAAACCACAGCUUCAUCCCCGACAUCUCCCGAAGCUUGCAGAUGUCUGUUGGGCCUAUGUACUUCCAUUCAAAAGCUUCAUAAUAUCGACGAAGAGUUUAUAGCCACGGCAGCUGAUCUGCUUUGGCACUUUUUUAAAAAUCGGGGAUGGGUGCGUGCAGGAAGGAUCGAGGUCGACGAGGUGAACGGAAUAUUCCGUUACCGAUGGCUUAUUUCUACAUUCAUCUCGAAAAAAGAGAGACCUUUAUUUUUAUUAUUGUUCGUUUAGCUCAUCGGUUGGUUUUCCUACAACUUGUAUGCUGGUGCGAGGAAAGCGCCAGACAACACGCGAUUUUUGACACGCGAAUAAUAUUUAUAAAGCGGUUUACCCAGCCAUCAAAGGCGUUACAUAAUCAAAUAUAUAAAAACUCGUCACUCAUUCUUGCAGGGACGCAUACAUAAACAUAUCAAAUAGCAAGCAACACAUUGCAGCAGUAAGACACGACACCUGUGCAUUGUUCUUUGGAGACAAGCACCAGAAUUCUUGUUCAGCAGGAUGUCACGGUACUCCCAAAGAUGUUUAUGACUCUUUAAUUUGAUCGACAGCUAGGACAAUCCAUUAUUUCAUCUGCGAAAAUUAAUUAAUCAAUACUCAGGAGAAUGGGAAUUAAUUCUCUGUUGUGUUGGGAGGGGAGAGGAAGAAGCAGGAAGAAGUUUAUGUCACCUGCUUUAUGUAUGAACCAAUGAACGAUUAGUAAAGCAAUCCUCGGGGAAGCUGCCGCCACCUGCGAAGUUAUCUCCCUUUUCCAUCAGCAAAUAACUCCGAUUAGGGUUACCUGCAGCUUGUGUACAGGAACUGUGUAUAGCACAUCCUGCAUCAAAGUCAGGUAUGUGAGAGAGAGGGGAAAAAAUAGAGACGUAUUGUACACUCCAUCUUAGUAUCUCACAUACUCUUUCCUAGAGUUUGCUAUUUAAAGCAUCAACACACUCAGUGAAACGACCCGUGACAUCAGAAUCGUGUGAAAAGAAACAUCAGUCGGUGCGUCGUAUCAGCAGGCAUUGUACUUGAACUUUAUUUUACGACAUUCUCACGAUCUGCAUGCCAGCCGGGCACUUCGCAAUUUCCCUUGCUGUCACUAAAGAAAUGAACUGAAAAAUAAUGGCUUAGCCACUAAAAACACCUUCACUCAAAACUCAUAGCUGUAAUUUUGUAUUUACAAGUUUUAAUAACUGGUGGAAAUAUAUGGCUGAGGCACAAAGUGUUGGCGAACACCUGACGUUUUUGGUUGAUGCACGGAGGGGACAAAAGUCAGACAACGCUCUAGGCAUACACAGGGGAUGCUUUCGGAGCUGCAGCAUUGAUGAAAUGGCGUACGGUGUGAAUGGUGCAGCCAGGGUGCUCGCGUUCAGAUCAAUGAAAUCCAUUCAGAAUUAUCAGUAACGGAAGUAAACUGCAGCAAUAGCUUGCCGCGUUUUAUAUUUUCUUAUUUUAUCAAACAUAAUUUUCUAAGAAAUUCUAGACUACAUGGCAUGCUGUACUUAUCCUAAGCUCCUUUUUUUGUACUAAAAUUCGACGAAGAUGCAGAUGUCAUUUGUAUAACUAACUCAAGCGCAAGCGCGCACACACACACACAUCCUGCACACAGCUUGAUUAUGACUAUCCCUCCCACCUCUCUCUCUCACACACACCCCCCGAAAACACGUGAAAUUGCACAAUCGAGAACUGUUCAGCUGGUGCAAUGUGAUUUGGCAGGCGGAUGACAAUAAAACAUGGAGCUGGA